GCGGAAUAAUAUAAGACGUGCGCGUGGAGAUUUACAAACACACAACAUACAAGUGAAACUAAGUGUGUUAAAAAUUAUAUUAGUUGAAUAGGAAAACCUGCAACUAUCUUCUCGUUCAAUAACUUAAAAGUAUUUUUUAUUUUAUUGUCACUAACCUGAGCAUACGUAUUCUCAACAAUAAUAUUUGUUUUAUUGUCACUAAUUUUUGUACAAAAAGUAGAAGAAACUGUUUUGUUAAAAAUGUUAGUUUACUUUGGUGUUUGAUUUAAAACAUUUUGUAGUAUAUCACUUUUUAUUUUUGCAAUUUUUUUACAUUGGUCAUCACUUAAACGUUUUCUAUUUGUACUCGUGUUCAUAAAAUAAGAAAAAUAUUGAACAAAAAAAUAAACGUAAAUUAAAAAAUGCACUCAAUAUGAGCUACGCGAACACUAGUUGAAAUAUGACAAUAAAAUCACCAUAUAUGAUUUGUUUUUCAAAACAGAUUUGAAGAUAACAUUAGUCAAUUUUUUUCGGUUUAUACAACUCUACAGAGACAACGAUAAGAAAGAAAAUCUGAAUUUUCCUGUCAAUGUGUAGGACUAGAAUUAGUUGAUAAGCAGUGUUCCACAACAGAUGUUAAGAGUGUAUUUGUACAAACUUAUGAAGAAAGUUUAGAUAAAAUCAAAAAUGUCGAUAUGAUUGCAUUAAAUACUUCAUUAAAAAAAUGUCUCGAAAUACUCAAAAAUGAUAUUAGUUAUUGGCCAUUUGUUGAUAACAAAAUAGAAUCAAACAAUACAGAUGUAUUACAGGAUGUGUUUUGGAGUGUAUCUCUUCAAAAACAAUUACAUUUCAGUCAAAAAAAAAUAAGUGCAAUUAGUUGGAAUUGUAGUGGUGAUAACUUGGCAGUAGCAACGUCUCAGCAUAAUCACUUAGAAUGGUGCAAUCAUCUUAAUUUUAUUUUUGUUUACUCUAUGACUGAUAUAGCAAAAAAUAAAAACAUAAUAGUCAAUAAAAUAGAAGUUACUUCAUGUAUUAACUGUUUGGCAACUCAUCCGACAAAUGAACACCUCAUUACAGCUGGUUUAUUUAAUGGUGAGAUUUUAAUUUGUAACACAGAAGUUUUUGAUGGGUGCAUGAAUAUUAUUUCAUUAGAUUGGCAUACACAAGUAGUUACUGAAUCAUUAUGGUUCAUAAGAUCUGACUUUCGAGCCAUAUUAGUCACAUCUGGUAAUGAUGGAUACAUAUGUGUUGGAAUAAUAGUUGAUAAUAAUAUAAAAUUAACUCAACGAUUAUAUAGGUAUUUGAUAGGCUUACCUGAUAAAAUAGGAAUUCAAUGUUUUGAUUUCUCAGAGAGACAUUUUGUUACAAGUUUACAAAACGGAAAAUUAUCAUGCUAUUUGAGUUUAACAGGCAAAAAUAAGAAAGAGGAUGUUAUAAAACCUGUUGCAAUUAAUGACUACCAAGGCAAUUCUUUAAUGACAGAGUGUAUUAAGUUAUGUUCAAAAGAUAAUGAUUUAUUUGCUGUAACUCAGUUUGAUUAUUCAUUAUUGUUGUAUAAUAUUAAUCAGAAAAGUCCAAUCAAAAUUUUUUAUCAUGACAAGUUAAUCACUAAGGUGUUAUGGAGUUUAGACAAGGAAUAUUUAGUUUAUAUUGGUACAGAAAAUGGUGAAAUUGCAACAGUUGAUAUAACAAAAAAUAUUACAGUGAUGAUAAAAAAAAUUAGUGAUUUUAAUGUGAUUUCCAUGAAGUUGAAUAAAAGAAAGAAAUUCAUUGCCAUUAGUACAACAGAAGGGGUAAUACACAUAAGUAGCAUCCAAUAAAAAUUUAUGGAAAGAUAAAAUAUACAAAUAAUUUAUUAAAUGAAGAUAGAAAAUUUGUCAAUAGCUACUUUAACAAGAAUGAGAUCGCAUAAGGAAUAUUGACAGUAUAAUUUAAAAACUGCCAAGUUUUUUUUUUAAUUUUUUUUUUUUUUUUACUGUUUUUAUCUUUGUUCUUAAAAUGCUAUGUUUUGUCUUAACUUAUUAAUAAAAAAAAAUUUAAUUAUAAUAAUAACUUAAACUAAAUAAAAAAAAAAAACUAUAUGUUUAUAAAUUAUUAACAAUUUAUAAAGGGUUUAUCUGUGAAACAAUCUAAGUAAAUAAAUUUUAAAAAUCAUUUACAAAUAAAUAAGUUUUAAUUGGUGAUACUUCUUACAUUAGGAAUUGGAACUAUUAUAUCUUAACUGAAACAGUCUUACAAAAUUUCCAAUUCGUCAAAUUUCAUGUCAAGAAAUUAAUUGUAUUAAAAACAAUAAAAUAACUUAUUACAAAAAAAAUAACACAGUAAUAUCACACCAAUGGCCGUAAUCCUUCCAGCAAAAAUAAAAUAAUUGAUUAGCCAAUUAAACAGGACAUUUACUGGGUAUUUUAUAACACAAGUUAUAUUUAAAGCUGAUCUACUGACAAAUAAAACAAAAAUUUAAAUAGUAAUAAAA